GGUCCUACGCUCCUGGGUCGCCCAGGCCUGGCCCGCUCCGCGCGCAGGCGCAGUGGGCCCGACUCGCCAUGCCGACUGUCAGCGUGAAGCGCGAUCUGCUCUUCAAAGCUCUGGGACGGACCUACACUGACGAAGAAUUUGAUGAACUAUGUUUUGAAUUUGGUCUGGAACUUGAUGAAAUUACAUCUGAAAAGGAAAUAAUAAGUAAGGAACAAGGUAAUGUGAAGGCAGAGGGGGCCUCUGAUGUUGUUCUUUACAAAAUCGACGUUCCUGCCAAUAGAUAUGAUCUCCUGUGUCUGGAAGGAUUGGUUCGAGGGCUUCAGGUCUUCAAAGAAAGGAUAAAAGCUCCAGUAUAUAAACGGGUAAUGCCUAAUGGAGAAAUUCAAAAACUGAUUGUCACAGAAGAGACAGCUAAAAUACGCCCUUUUGCAGUCGCAGCAGUUCUCCGGAAUAUUAAGUUUACUAAAGAUCGAUAUGACAGCUUCAUUGAACUUCAAGAGAAAUUACAUCAGAAUAUUUGCAGGAAAAGAGCAUUGGUUGCCAUUGGUACUCAUGAUUUGGACACUUUAUCAGGCCCUUUCACCUACACUGCAAAGCGUCCUUCAGAUAUCAAAUUCAAGCCUCUGAAUAAGACUAAGGAGUAUACAGCCUGUGAAUUAAUGAACAUAUACAAGACUGACAACCACCUUAAACAUUACUUGCAUAUCAUUGAAAAUAAACCUCUGUACCCAGUUAUCUAUGAUAGCAAUGGUGUCGUCCUUUCAAUGCCUCCAAUCAUCAAUGGGAAUCAUUCCAAAAUAACAGUAAAUACUAGAAAUGUAUUUAUCGAAUGCACAGGAACUGACUUUACUAAGGCAAAAAUAGUUCUUGAUAUUAUUGUCACCAUGUUCAGUGAAUAUUGUGAAAAUCAAUUCAUGGUUGAAGCAGCUGAGGUAGUUUUUCCUAAUGGGAAGUCAAAUACUUUUCCAGAAUUGGGUUACCGAAAGGAGAUAGUUAGAGCUGAUCUUAUUAACAAGAAAGUUGGAAUCAGAGAAACUCCGGAAAAUCUUGCCAAGCUCCUGACCAGGAUGUAUUUAAAGUCAGAAGUCAUAGGUGAUGGGAAUCAGAUUGAGAUUGAAAUCCCUCCAACCAGAGCUGACAUUAUCCAUGCGUGUGAUAUUGUAGAAGAUGCAGCUAUUGCUUAUGGAUAUAACAACAUUCAGAUGACUCUCCCGAAAACAUACACCAUAGCUAAUCAAUUUCCUCUUAAUAAGCUCACUGAACUUCUCAGACAUGACAUGGCAGCAGCUGGAUUCACUGAAGCACUUACCUUUGCUCUGUGCUCCCAAGAAGAUAUUGCUGAUAAACUUGGUUUGGAUAUCUCUGCAACAAAGGCAGUCCACAUAAGUAACCCUAAAACAGCUGAGUUUCAGGUGGCACGCACUACCCUUCUUCCUGGCCUCUUAAAGACCAUAGCAGCAAAUCGGAAGAUGCCUCUUCCUCUGAAACUGUUUGAAAUCUCUGACAUUGUAGUAAAAGAUUCUACCAAAGAUGUAGGGGCAAAAAACUACAGGCAUCUCUGUGCUGUUUAUUACAACAAGAAUCCUGGGUUUGAGAUAAUCCAUGGGCUGCUGGACAGAAUUAUGCAGCUGCUCGAUGUACCUCCUACCAAAGAUAAGGGAGGCUACAUGAUAAAAGCGUCAGAAGGCCCUGCUUUCUUCCCUGGACGAUGUGCCGAGAUCUUUGCCAGGGGUCAAAGCAUUGGGAAGCUCGGAGUCCUUCAUCCUGAUGUUAUCACCAAAUUUGAGCUGACCAUGCCCUGCUCCUCCCUGGAAAUCAAUAUUGAGCCUUUUUUGUGAGGAUGGAUCUCUGUUGUACAGUUCUGUCCCCUAGUGUCCCUUUCUCCUCCUCCGGUGUCCUCUCCUACUCCACAGGGAGCAUCCAUUUGUGUUUUAAUGUUUAAUAAAGUAAAAAGCUCCGCCUGCCUCCCUGGGCAGCUUGCAUUGGGCUGGUGUGUGCAGUGUG